AUGGUACCAAUGCUAGGCGACUGGGAUAACCCUGUCAGAACACCAAAAUCAGAUGCAUGCUCGUCUCAAAAAAGCAUUCUCUACAUUGACGCCUAUGAUUCAUUCUCUUACAAUGUGGUGGCCAUGUUAGAGGAGACCUUGGGCGUCAAAGUCACUGUCAUAACUAUUGACUCACAAUGGCCCGACUCCAAUAUGAACGAAUUCCUCCAGCACUUCGAGGCAAUAGUCCUAGGUCCAGGACCAGGUGAUCCUAAUGUUCCGAGUGAUGUCGGCAUCAUGAAAGAUAUCUGGGACCUGCAGGACUCAGACUUGAUGCCUGUGUUUGGAAUUUGCCUGGGCUUCCAGAGCCUCUGUCUCCGCACUGGCGUCCCCAUUGAACGGCUGCCAUAUCCAAUUCAUGGCCAAAUUCAUAAAAUCUCCACUACCUCCAAGGAUAUCUUUGAACAAAUACCGGAGAUAGAGGUGACUCUUUAUCACUCACUUUAUGCCAAUUCCGCCUCGGCAGAAGCGCCUGAUCUGGAAUAUCUGGCAUGGUUGGCUCUUGAGGAUCGCCCUGAAAAGCAAAUCCCCAUGGGAGUCCGUCAUCGCAAGAAGCCAUUCUGGGGCGUUCAAUUCCAUCCAGAAUCCUGCAAAUCAGAUAUCGUGGCUUGCAAGACUUUACUUCAGAAUUGGUGGAAGAUGGCAAUGUCGUUCAACAAGAUUGUUGGACGCGGCGGGUAUUGCUCCCUUCCCGACACGGUCAUCAGCCCGAAUACUAUUUUCAGCCCAUUUCCAGAUGCUGCGUAUGAAAUGCUUCAACUCAGUAGGGCGACGUCCAAAGUUUCUGAUUCCCGAUCUCUCAAGCGACCUGGAUUGACAGCCGAAGCCGUUAGCGAGCUAUUCAACAAACCAGGCUCGCCGACGGUAUUGUUCCAAUCAAAUGGGCAAUACAGCAUUGUCUCUGUGCCCAGCGCUGGGUCCUGGCGGUUGGAGUAUUACGUUGAAACACACGAAUUACGACUCAUUCAGCUUCAUGGUGAUUGCAAAGUGACAGAGAGCUGUGUCUCCGUUGUUCAGCUAUGGGAUGCUUUGCGAUAUUUGAUGGAAAUGAAAAAAGUCGAUUCUGGCAAUAAGGAGGUGCCCUUUUGGGGUGGCUUUUUGGGAUACUUCUCUUACGAGCUCGGUCUCACCUGUCUUCCUCAUCCAGCGACUGCACAGGCAUCGGAGCCACCUCGACCUCACGGCAACGGCAAACGUUCUGAAUCUUUAGAGAGCCCGCCGGAUGUCAGUCUGCUAUGGUGCGAAAGAAGCAUUGUUCUCGAUAACACAACUGGCAAUAUUGUGGUUCAAUCCACUCGCGAUGACGACCGUGCUCCUCUGGGUUGGCUUGAUGAGACAAUCCAAUUGCUUGAAGAGUGCUCAAUUCCUGUUAAUGGGACUGACACCGAUGAAGUCUUGGACUCGAUUCUCCAGCAGAGCAAGAUUCAGCUCCCAGAAGAACAAAAAUACAAGCAGCAGAUCGAGCAAUGCAAAGCAGAACUCGAGGCCGGCGAAUCCUACGAGCUGUGUUUAACCUCCGAAACAACAAUCACUCUACCGGUCCCAGAAGAAGAGUCUACACGAAUUGCCUUCCCCUGGAAACUCUACAAACGCCUGAAAACCUACAACCCAGCUGCAUUCAGCGCAUUCGCCGAUCUAGGUGAUACUAAAAUAGCCAGCAGCAGUCCAGAAUGUUUUCUUAACUGGGACCGCCACUCAACGCUGGAAAUGAAGCCCAUGAAAGGCACAGUUCGCAAAUCCCCAGGAAUGACCAUGGAAAAAGCAUGCGAGAUCCUCAGCUCGACCAAAGAGAUGGCUGAGAAUCUCAUGAUUGCGGACCUGAUUCGUCACGACUUGUACGGAAUCUGUGGAUCGGGCGGCGUGCACGUCGAAAAGUUACUCGAGGUCGCAGAUUACGGCCGCGUUUUCUCAAUGAUCACACACAUCAAGGGCACGAUCCGUCCCAAUCAUCUUGGCUUUGCAGUGCGACACAUGCCUCAGCUGAAUACGCCUAAUAUGGCUGUUCAUGGAUUGACGACCCUUCAGCGAUGUCUGCCACCGGGCUCUAUGACUGGUGCGCCCAAGGAGCGAUCUUGCAUGCAUCUCCGGACAAUCGAGAAUCGCAAACGGGCGAUUUACUCCGGAGUGAUGGGUUUCUUGGACCUUGGCGGAGGUGGAAGCUUCUCUGUAUUGAUUCGUUCGGCUUUUACUUGCUCGGCUGGAUCGGAUUACACUGAUAAAAAGCUCCAGACCUGGCGGAUUGGUGCUGGUGGUGCUAUCACCACGCUUAGUACGGCGGAAGGAGAAUGGGAUGAGAUGUUGACUAAACUUCGUGUGGUUUGCAAUAUUUUCACGCCGCUCGGAAAGAGUAACAGACAGGCUGGGGUGCCUUGA